UAAUGAACAAAAAACAAUAAGCACCAGUAGUAUAAAAACCAGUUGGCAAAUAAUAAUAAGUGAAUAGAAAGCCUUAAGAUAGGUAAAAUGAAUUUAUUAUAGAUAGACCAGGAUUAACAGAAGAUGAGAUAGAAGAAAUAAAAGAAGCCUUUAACUUAUUUGAUACAGAGGGCACAGGAAGAGUUGAUCCAAGAGAAUUAAAGGCUGCCAUGUAGAGUUUGGGAUUCGAUUAAAAGAAUCCUACAAUUUUCAAUAUGAUUGCUGAAUUAGAAAAUGAAGGAACUGAUAUCGAUUUUGAUUAAUUCUUGGAUGCUAUAACUUCAAAAUUAGGAAAUAGAGAAUCUAGAGAUGGUAUCAAUAAAAUAUUUGAUUUAUUUGAUGAUGAUGGUAGCAACUCAAUUAAUUUGAAUAACUUGAAAAGAGUAUCAUUUAAAAUUAAUCAAAAUUAGGUAGCCAAAGAAUUGGGAGAAACCAUGACAGCUGAGGAAUUGUCUGAAAUGUUAGAGAGAGCUGCUUCAAAUGGUAGAGAUAUCUCCAGAGAAGACUUUUAUAACAUUAUGGUCAAAAGAACAUUCUGAU